UGAAAUACCACAUAUUGUAUGAUUGCAUGUAUUAAAAAUCGUCCAGAAUAGGCAAAUAUAUAGAGAUAGAAAUGCAAUUAGCAAUUACCCAGGACAGGGGAAAUGCAGAAACUAGAGGUGGAGAGGAAAAGGCUAAAGGCUAUAGGGCUUAUUUUGGGGAGAUAAAAGGGCUCUCAAAUUGAUUCUUGUGGUAGACACACAAUUCUGUGAAUUACUAUGAAACAUUAAAUUUUACACAAUAAUUUAAAAAUUGUAUGAUAUUUAAAUUAUAUGUCAACAAGAUAUACAAAAUAUGUGGACCAUGUUUAGUCAUUUUAUCUUUAGUUUUGUGUCAAAUGGACUGCAGAAACAUGACCUUUCACUGCUACAAUUCUGGACACUCUUCUAAAAUAUAUUGCAUAAGAUGGAUGGUAUGUCCAUACAAGAUCCUUGAUAUUAGCUGAAGGAUAGCACUCAGAAACAUAAAAGGGAAAUUAAUCACAUCCGUGUAAACAGUUCGUUUACCUUCAUUUGUCUCCUUGCCAUCCACAUGCUCGGACUGUUGAUUUAAUGAUAUUGUAGGUACUUUGAAGUAUAAGGGUUACAUUUUAACUUCUUGGCUAAUUUACCUUUGGAUAUAACCAUGAGAAAUGACAGAAAGGAACAGCAAGUGGAAAACAAGCAUUGCAUUGCACCAGGAUGUCUGUGAAAUGGACUUCAGUAAUUCUGCUAAUACAACUGAGCUUUUACUUUAGCUCUGGGAGUUGUGGAAAGGUGCUGGUGUGGGCAGCAGAGUAUAGCCAUUGGAUGAAUAUGAAGACAAUCCUGGAAGAGCUUGUCCAGAGAGGUCAUGAGGUGACUGCACUGGCAUCUUCAGCUUCCAUUCUUUUUGAUCCCAACAACUCAUCCACUCUUAAAAUUGAAGUUUUUCCUACAUCUUUACCUAAACCUGAGUUUGAGAAUAUAGUCACGCAAGAGAUUAAGAGAUGGAUAGAACUUCCAAAAGAUACAUUUUGGUUAUAUUUUUCACAAAUGCAAGAAAUCAUGUGGAAGUUUGGUGACAUAUUUAGAGACUUCUGUAAAGAUGUGGUUUCAAAUAAGAAAUUAAUGAAGAAACUACAAGCGUCAAGGUUUGACGUCGUUUUUGCAGAUCCUAUUUUUCCCUGUAGUGAGCUGCUGGCUGAGCUAUUUAACAUACCCCUUGUGUACAGUCUCCGCUUCACUCCUGGCUACGGUUUUGAAAAGCAUUGUGGAGGAUUUCUUUUCCCUCCCUCCUAUGUACCUGUUGUUAUGUCAGAAUUAAGUGAUCAAAUGACUUUCAUGGAGAGGGUAAAAAAUAUGAUCUAUAUGCUUUAUUUUGACUUUUGUUUCCAAAUGUAUGACAUGAAGAAGUGGGAUCAGUUUUAUAGUGAAGUUCUAGGAAGACCUACUACAUUAUCUGAGACAAUGGGGAAAGCAGACAUAUGGCUUAUUCGAAACUCCUGGAAUUUUCAGUUU